AUGUGUAUCAGAGACUCAACCCUUCUGUGUCUUUGGGAACAUUCGACUAGCUCUCACGCCCCAUCUGGGCAAGAGAGAUCUGCAGCCAUCCCAGAAUCAGGAGACUGUGCUUGCGACCAUGACACUGCUUUAACAGGUCAGCGUGCUGAGAUCAUGGCUGUCCACGAGUCUCUCCAGAAGGAAACCUCUGCUAACGAGACCCUGAGAUGGAUGGAUGGCAGGCACCUCAAUGGCACCUUCCUCCCGUACUACCAGCACUCUCCAGCAAUGGCAGCUGUCUUCAUUGUUGCUUACCUCUGCAUCUUCCUCUCGUGCCUGGCUGGGAACUCCCUGGUGUGCCUGGUGGUGGUGAGGAACCAGCGCAUGCACACGGUCACCAACCUCUUCAUCCUGAACCUUGCCAUCAGUGACCUGCUGGUGGGCAUCUUCUGUGUGCCAACCACCCUCCUGGACAAUCUGAUCACAGGCUGGCCCUUCAACCAGGUCGUCUGCACCAUGAGUGGCCUUGUCCAAGGAUCGUCUGUCUCGGCCUCCGUUUUCACGCUCGUGGCCAUCGCCAUGGACAGGUUCCACUGCAUCAUCCUGCCCUUCAGGGAGCGGCUCAGUCUUCUCAAGGCUGUGAUAAUUAUCGUCAUCAUGUGGGUUCUAGCCAUAGCCAUCAUGUGCCCUUCUGCCAUCCUGCUGACCGUCGCCCACAUGGAGGACCACUUCCUGGUGCUAAACGAUGGGCACAACACCACCUACCCCCUCUACACCUGCUACGAGGCCUGGUCUGACAGCAGCAUGCGGAAACUGUACACCACCAUCCUCUUCACCCACAUCUACCUCAUCCCCCUCGUGCUCAUUGUCUUCAUGUAUGGAAGAAUCUGCCUGAAGCUCUGCAGCUCCACGGUGCCCAUCCCCGAACAUCCCACCUGUGCCAGCAGAGUCGGUAGCACAUCCAGAAAGAGGAUCAGGGUCAUUAAGAUGCUGAUCUUGGUUGCACUCCUCUUUGUGGUCUCCUGGCUGCCUUUGUGGACGCUGAUGCUGCUGGUGGAUUACAUCAACUUGACUGAUGACCAUCUGGAUUUGCUGACAGGCUAUUUCUUCCCCUUUGCCCACUGGCUAGCUUUCUCUAAUAGCAGCAUCAACCCAGUCAUCUACGGCUACUUCAACGAGAACUUCAGGAGGAGCUUCCAGGCGGCCUUUAACUUCCAGCUGUGUUCCCAGGAGACAAAGCAUAAGGAGACUUACUCUGAGCACUCUCGCGUCCCCACCAGCUUCAGGAUGUGCAAUAGAGUCUUUGCGAAGGCAACCUCCUCCAACUGUGUAUCCUCCCAUCACACUCAAAACACUGCCUCUCUCUUCUCCAGAAGUGUUCAGCCCAUGUGCCCUGGCCUUGGCUUGGAAAACAUUGAUAAAAUAAUGCCCUACCACAGAGUAACCCAGGCCUGGGAGAAACCAGAGGCAUAAAAGUGGAGAGCAAGCAAUACCCUCCCCUAUUUCUAUGAGAAGAAAAGCCUGUCUUCUCCUCAUUCAGGUGGAAGAGACCUUCGGCUUAGCUGGGGUCCUUCAUUCACUCUAGAGGUGAGAAGAAAAGUUCACAAAGGUGCAUUUGAGAGGAGGGUGGUUGAUCCUGUGGAGUCCUGCGUUGUAUCCUUGCCACUGACCUGCUGUGGGACUUUGGGCACGUCAUUUCUUCUCUCUGUGCCUCGGAUUUCCGAUGUGUCCAGUUGAGAGUAGCUGUGAUACUGACUCGCCUUUGUAAAGCACUUCGACAUCUGUGGAUCGUCAUCCUCACAAGUGUGCAUGUUCCUGCUCAAUGGAACCAGGUUGUUUUAUGUGGAUUGAACUUUAUUCAACUGGACGUCCUUCACCUUCUCUUUAUGCUUAGCUGCCAAUGGGUUGUGAGGGUGUGCAGCUGAUACAACGGACAGCGGGUAUCGCCAGACCCUGGGUAAAGGACGGAGAGAUGAGAAAAGAAAUAACAGCAAAACUAAAAAGCGA